AUGUUAAAUAUGCUAAUUACGAGAAAGGAUAUUUUUGGACAUUUGGAAGUUUAUUCGGCCCCUGGUGAAAAAUGUUACAAAAUUCCUCAUGGUGGUAUGUUUAAAUAUGUAUCUUGUGCUAAUUUUCUUGGAGAAAUUAUUGAAUGGAUUGGUUAUGCAAUUUAUGCUCAAUCAACUGCUUCUUUAGCCUUUGCACUCUUUACCGCUGCCAAUACAAUUCCCAGAGCUAAAUUACACCACAAAUGGUAUUUGAACAAAUUUGGAAAUAAUUAUCCACAAGAUAGAAAAGCAGUUAUUCCGUAUAUUGACGAUGUUAAUUACACAGAAGAACAUAAACAAUUGGCUCUGAAAUUAAUUGAGGCUGAAAUGAGAAGGUUUCCAAUGACUAAAAAUUAUUUGAGGAAUUUUCCGGAGCCUGAUUAUGACAAAUUCUUAACUCCAAGACUUAUUGAACAUCAACAACAAAUUGCUAAUAAACAGGAAAUUCCAAAAUUGGAUUUACUUCGUUAUGAAGUCCCAACACCUGGUUCUGAGGCUCAUCUUCGUUCAAAUGAAAUUUUAAAGAGUCAAGUAGAAUCAAGCGAAGCAGAACUUUACAAAAUUCGUUCCGAACUUUAUGAAUUAAAUGCUAGACGUAAAAGAAGUCAGAUGCAAGCAGGAGAAGAGUUGACAUCCCUUGGACAAGGUUGGGUUGAAUUAGUUACUAAAAAUGCUGGAAUGGAAAUUGCAAUUGAUGCUUUAGAAAAGGAAAUAAAAACUAUCGCAAAACGAUUAAAAACAGAUCCUGGACUUGUGGAAAAAGAAAGUAAAUAA